UACCUUCUUCCGAUACCGAUACCGAAACGCUGUUACCAAUCGCACAGGUAAGCAACGCACACCAUGCGUCUCCAUCGACCCGAACUGGCAAACAAAUUCGCGUGUUCCAAAUCCCAAAAACAAAUUAUUCCUCUCUCCCAUAAUUGGCUCAAAUUUUCUGGCGCCGUGAGAAUCCAUGCUCAGCAGGUAAGUGCCGACUCCGGGCUCCGCUCCGUCGCGGUUUUCCACACGCAAAUUGUGCGAGCACGGAUCAGUUUCCGAGCAAAUUUCCACCGAUCAACAUCUCGAGCGCGAUCGAGUUUUCCGCGAGGCGAAUCUCUUUUUUUUCUAGUGAAGUGGAGAACCGAAGCAAUAACCAUAAACCAAUUAACACCAUUAUCGUCCGGGGGAAUUUCCCAAGCCGUGUCUCUUCCAGGGAGUGUUGUGUAGGUCCGCGAUUGGAACGACGGAUGUCAUGAGCGAAUCGUAGAGGACUGUAGAUGUUCCUUUUUCCGCAGUUAUGGAGGCAGUUCGAUUUUCGAUCAUUGAAAAGGAAAUGAAGUGGGAAGACGAGUACCGGAUGUACUGCCAGGACGAUGAGGCGGAUGAGGAGACGGGUCCGCUGGACGAUCGCUACCGGAUGAGUAUAUCGAGCGAGAGUGACGUGGCCGGAGUGGAGAUCAGUUCACCGAAUCAACCGAACGAUAUGUGCAGUAGUAGUCGCGAGGGUCAGGACGAGAUCUGGGCUUACUCGGAGUUGGAGAGCGCGCUGAAGGAGCUACCGGACGCUGAGAAGAUUGGCGAACUGCUGGAACGACUGCUUCCGGUGGAUGAUCUCCCAGUGGACUGCGGCUACGAUCUGGACAGUAUGCUACUGUUGGCCGUUUGGGCGAGUAAGCUGGCUCUGGUGAAGCAGUUAGUUGCGCUGGACGGGGUGAACGUCAAUGCGAGUGAUCUAUGGGGACGGACGGCUUUACACCUGGCGUGCUAUAUAGGGGACUACCGGGCCGUGGAAUUGCUGCUUCAGCACGGAGCGAAGCCACAGGUCUGGGACAAGGAGAGGAAAGCGACGCCGCUGCACUGUGCCGCGAGCUGCGGAAGUAUCGAGAGCAUCGCCCUCCUCCUGGCCAAAGGCGUCGACAUCAACGCCGGUAUCGAGAAACAUUCCGCCCUGCACUACGCGGUUCAGCGAAACAGCAAACAGUGCGUCGAGUUCCUGCUGAAGAACGGUGCCAACCCCAAUACUCCACAGGUGUAUACGCAAACUCCGCUACACGUCGCAGCGGCCAAUGGCUUCGUAGAAUGCAUGGAUCUGCUUCUAAACUACGGAGCCGACGCACGAUCGCAGUACGGUCAGAAGAAGAUCACCUCCCUGCAUCUGGCGGCUUCGGAGAACUACUUGGACUGCGUCAAGCUACUCAUCGCAGCCGGGGCGGACAUCGACGCCCGCAACCGCGAUCAGCAAACUCCUCUGCACCUGGCCUGUCUCUCCCAAUGUCACGAAACCGUGACCUACCUGAUCAGCCAGAACGCGGACGUCCACGCCAUCUACCGCGACGGUCGAACAGCUCUGCACGCGUCGAUCGUCAAGGAGUCCCGCUUCUGGGACUGCACGCUCAGUCUCCUGAAGGCCCGGGUGGACGUCAACCGGGCAGACAACUUCGGCUACACUCCGCUGCAUAUCGCCGCUCUGAACGAAUUCAGCAGCUGCGCGUUCCUCCUCAUAGAAUACGGCGCGGACAUCACCGCGCGAACCAACGGCGGAGUCUCGGCCCUGUCCUUCAUCAUCCGACGCACCCCGGAGAUCAUCCCCAAGUACAUCGACAAGCUGGACACGGCUAUCAGCGUCAACAGCAUCCACGAGAUCGGCGACGUGGACUGCGAAAUCCGGCUGGACUUCCGACCCCUCGUUCCGAACAACGACCGAGGCGAAACGGAGCUUCUGCUGGCGUUCAUCGAGGUCGGGCAGCGCCGUAUCCUGAAGCACCCGCUGUGCGAAACCUUCCUGCUGCUCAAGUGGCGUCGAAUACGGAAGUUCUUCCUGUUCAGCCUGUUCUACCACGGGCUGUUCGUGCUGCUGUUCACCGCGUACGUGCUCGGCGUGUACGUCAAGGACUGCCGGGUGCGCGUUUGCCGAAUGGCUCCGUACGUUCCCAUCGUCGGCUACAUCGUGAUCUUCCUCAACGUCAUCCUGAUGACGAAGGAGAUCUUUCAGAUGAUGCACGGGUUUCUCGGGUACAUCCGCUACUGGGAGAACUGGCUGCAGUGGAGCAUCGUCAUCGGGAUAUUUCUGUGCACGCAAAACCCGUCCGGCGAGAUCAGCGACGUGCCGACCUGGCAACACCACGUAGCGGCGAUCGUCAUCUUCCUGGCCUGGUUGGAGCUGAUGAUGCUCGUCGGCCGGUUUCCGGUCUUCGGACUGUACGUGCAGAUGUUCACCACGGUGGCCGUCAACUUCUCCAAGUUCCUGAUGGCCUACUGCUGCCUGCUGGUGGCGUUCGGGUUGAGCUUCUGCGUGCUCUUCCCGAACUACAUCUCAUUCAAGCGGAUCCUCCGGGGGCUGCUGAAGACCAUCGUGAUGAUGGCCGGCGAGCUGGAGUUCGAGGACAUCUUCUACGGGGAGAACAUCAAGAUCCUGUACCCGGGAACGGCCCACGGGAUGUUUCUGGCGUUCGUGCUGCUGGUGACGGUGAUCUUGACCAAUCUGCUGGUCGGUUUGGCCGUCAGCGACAUCCAGGGGUUGCAGCAGUCGGCCGGGUUGGACCGGUUGUCUCGCCAGGCGGAACUGAUCUCCCGCCUGGAGGGGCUGAUGUUCUCCCGGAUUCUGCGCAAGGCUCCGAUUCGGUUGUGGGCCAUUUUCCAGAAGAUUGCCCUGCUGAAGACGUCUCGACUUCGGUUGCACUUCCGGGUCAAGCCAAACGACCCCCGGGAGAAGCGAAUUCCGAAGGAACUCAUCACUUCCAUCUACAAGCUGGUGGCGGAGCGCCGCGAGCGCAAUCAAUCGAUAAAACGUAAGCAAACCUACCGGAACCUGCGCGCGUUCCAGGAGCUGGUGGACGAAGACGCCCAGGUCACCCUGCGGAGGCAACGCUUCAGGAACUGCAAAACCCGGACCGUGUCGGAAAACCCGUACCUAACGACGGCCGCCAAUCGGGUCAGCGAGUUCAAUGGACCAAGGACCUCUGGCCUCCACUGGAAGACCAUUGAAGACACCCAGAAGCAGAUACUGAAGAAGUUGGACGAGAUGUCCAAGGAACUUGAUGUUCUGAACUCUCGGAUUAAAAAAUCAUAGGAAAUAAAGUAUCAAUUACACGGUGGCCACAGAGAAUGAAUACUGAAA